AAAGUUCGCAACUUGCUCAAAUGCUCAGCUGAAUCUUCCGCCUGUCUCUCGUGCCCCAAAAAAACUUUUAUAAAUUUAUUUAUUUAUUUUUUGCUGGAAAAAUAUACGAUUUUAUUAGGGUUAGUUUUGGAGCUUCCGAUUUGGACGGCGGAAAAGUAAAGAAAUUAAAAUAAAAAACCUUAAGAAAAUACCAAAAAAAAAAAAAAAAAAAAAUUUGGAAUAAAUUUGCUUUUCGUCAUUGCUCCGCAAAGUUGAGAAUACCCCUUUUCUCUCUGCCUCUUCUUCCUUUCUCUCCUUUCAUUGGACAAAAAUCUGGCUAUCAACAUGUUUAAUUCUUGUAUUUUCCGUCUCUGCUCAUCAACAAUCUGUCUGUUGUAUCUGCUUGGGAUUCAGCUUUCUGGCUUAGCAAAGAUUUUCAAUCACUCUGGCAGCUGCAACCCAGUCAAAGCUUUCUCGCACCACCAAGCGGGUGUGGGGUACUAAUGACCGUGCGAUUGUACUCUGUGUUUUGCGAAGAUCAAGGUCAUCCCAUAUAUGGAGAUUGUGUCGUACUUCUGAGGGUUUAUCUGUUGAUUAUGGCUAAAGUUACCACCUUUUAAGUUUUUGAAUUGUGCUAGUGGGCUAUUUGGAGUAAUUUUGAAUUUGACUAUGUAAAUAAGUUGGUCAUUCUUAGCUCUCUGUGAUAAUUUGAUUGAUUGUUCAGUAAAGCUCUGCUCAGUGCUGCAAGCCUGUUAGUGUAUAAUGGGUCGCUUCUCGUGCUUCUACGGUCACGCUCCCGGUCAAAAGCAAAAGAAAUCAGCCCAACCUUCAUUUGAAGCAAUGGUCAAGACACUGCAACUUGGUUCUCAAAAUAAUGAAUCAGCACUCUCUGGCAAUCCUAUAACCAGGCAUGAAUUUCAUAUAGGGAAAAGUGAGGCUAGUGAAACUGAGCAUCUUACAUUGGCCUCACGUAGUUGGAAAUCUGGAGAAGUAAAAUGUGAUUAUGAUGUUGUGAGUAAUGCAGACUCUAUGCACUUUCAGACAGGGAAUAUUAGAAGAAGUCUUUCUGUUGGUUGUGAAUUGGAAAAAGAAAGAAUCUUUGGUGUCAGUAAUGGUGAUGACUGCUAUGAUCAGGAGUUUUCUUUUGAAGGGUCACAUGAUUGUGAUGAGGUUGUUGAUGUAUCACCUACAAAUGAUGCCAGGAGUCAAGGGAUCUCCUCUCCUGAUCAGAAUCAUGAAGCUUCUCGUAUGCUGUGCCCCAAUAUUAGUUCUGAUAUUGGAAACCAAGAGUUAGUCGUAGCUGUUUAUAACCCUCAAUAUUUGAAUAAGGAAGGUCUUGAAGACUCUCAUCGCUCAUUGCAUAUGGGGGCUCCCGAUGGUUCUGGUCAGAAUUCACCUACUCAAUCCUGCAUUUCUAAAUCGUACUCUAUGCCAAAUUUUGGGUCCAUGUCUCCAACUUCUCCUGGUCUUUCUGCCUGUGUCAUGUUGCCUUCUCGUAAUAGAUCUUUUGAGGAUCUUAAAAAGCUCUUUGUUAACAAUGAAAGUGUUUCAGCUCAUAAUGCAGAGAUUGUUGGAUUAUGCAAGGAUGAUAAUUUGAACUGUCCUGAGAAAUUUGAUGGAGAAAAUGCUGUUUUAAAUGGUUAUGACUCUUAUAAUUAUGGUUGUUCAAGCAAAGACUGGAUAGUCUCAAUGCCAGAUGAAAUUGGUGUAAUGGGACAUGGCCAGGGCAACUCUUCAUCUGAUCCCUGGGGUGACUUUGCAAACAGGGAAUUUAAGACCAAGCUCAUUGAGGAUUGGGUUAUUGAUCUUCAGCACUGCAGCCCCAUAGAAGAGACCAAUGAAGUGGCUGAUUCUGGUAAUGAGGUAAAAAGAAGAUCUGCAUUCUUGGAUGGUCUGGAUAAAGUGGAUAUGAAUCUAUACCCAGGCAUGGAGGCAGCAAAAAGAUACAUAUCUUCUCUGAAUGCCACAACGACCACUGCACAGCUGGCCAAUCAUGGUUUGGUUGUAAUCCCACUUCUCAGUGCAUUUGUUGGCUUAAAGGUUCUAAAUCUAUCUGGGAAUUCUAUAGUGAGAAUUACUGCUGGUGCUCUUCCUCGAGGAUUGCAUAUGUUGAACUUGUCCAAAAACAAGAUAUCGACCAUUGAAGGUUUAAGAGAGCUUACAAGGCUUCGCAUAUUAGACCUGAGUUACAAUAAAAUAUCCAGAAUUGGACAUGGUCUUACAUCAUGCUCCACUUUGAAGGAAUUAUACUUAGCUGGAAAUAAAAUCAGUGAGGUGGAAGGUCUACACAGGCUUUUAAAGCUAACUGUUCUUGAUUUGCGGUUCAACAAGAUUGCUACUUCCAAAGGUCUAGGACAACUUGCUGCUAAUUACAAUUCCUUGCAAGCUAUCAGUUUGGAAGGAAAUCCUGCCCAGAAAAAUGUCGGGGAUGAGCAACUGAAAAAGUAUCUACAGGACCUACUUCCUUAUCUAGCUUACUACAACCGGCUGAAUAUAAAAUCCAGCACACUGAAAGAUUCCUCAGAUAGGUCUGUUCGACUGGGUAUUUCAGACCGGGGACUUAGAUCUGAUCACAAGUCUUCCUCACGUAGUGGAAGUGGCGCUCCAAAACGAUCAACUCAUUCAUAUACACAUGGGCAGAAGGGUCAAUCAUCAGACUCUCUGAGGCAAUCUAAAGGGAAACAUGUGCUGGUUCCACCAAGUGGGGCAAAACCGAGUCACCACCAUAAUAAUAUCGACUUUUCCAACAAGCUUCAAAGUUUGAGAUCUGGUCUCUCACUCCACAAAAGUCGAAGUGAGGGCACUCUCGCUGUACUGUAAGUUUGUCUUCUGCUUAUCAAACCUACCAGGAGUAAGGUUCCUUCUAUUGUCUUUUGCAUGGAAUUAUAUUUGUGGUUUGUGAUAUUUUUUUCUAGUUACUCAAGUUUUCAUAUUAUGCUGGUGCAAGAGCAUUAUGAAGCUGGUGCUCUUCUGAAAUUCAAGUUUGUUUCAAUGCAAUAAUAGAAAUUUGCUACAAUAAAAAAUUCAUAAGACUUUCUAGCCAUUUUUUAGUCAUAUAUAUAGUCCAUUAUUUUAGCGUUUGA